ACUAUGAACCCUGCCUGUCAACACGCCAUCGGACCACCACUCCGUUCCGCUCCGCGCCACCCAAACCUCUGACAAGUACACAGAAGUACACACUGUCCGCUACACAUACAGUCUACGGAGAAACCAACCAAAACUGUACUUACUUACAACCGAACUGUCCCGUCUCAGUCGUAAGAACGUCCGUGCUGCCUUUUUAGCUGAUGCUGCAGUGGAGGUGGUGGUGGUGGUGGUGGUGGUGGUGGAGGAAGCUAACCUGCGCUAAUGUGGAGCUAAUAUCGUGUUUUGACCCGAGUGUUAGCCCGGUUUGAGGUUAAUGAGGCAGGGCAGGCGGUGUUAACCGAGCAGCUUAACCACCCAACCACAGCCUGGUCUGUGUUUACCUGCUUGUCAGAUAAGAGGUGAACAGGGGGCAGGGCCACCCAGGAGGAAGGAGGGAUGCCUGUAGAGGGCGGAAGCAGCAGCGGCUCUGCUUCGGCAGCUCGUCACCCCAAGCAGAAACGCAAAGCUCACAGUUUAUCUAUCCGGCGCACAAACAGCACAGAGGAGAGGCCACCGGGCAUCCAAAGAGGAGACAUGCUGGAGGGACAGGACUCCAAGCUGCCCAUCUCCUUGAGGAACAAUCUUCUCGACCUUUUUGGUCAGAUUGAACGCGAGUUUGAAAACCUCUAUAUUGAAAACCUUGAAUUACGGCGGGAAAUCGACUCUCUGAAUGAGCGUCUGAGUGGAGAUGGACAGACGGUGGAUGGAGGCGACCCCAGUAAAGGAGCCCUGAAAGCAAAAGCCAGCCACAGCACCAGUCAACUAUCACAGAAGCUGAAGACGACCUACAAAGCCUCCACCAGCAAGAUCGUGUCAAGUUUCAAAGCCACCACAGGUUCCAGAGCUUUGUGUCAGCUGCUGAAGGAAUAUGUGGGCCAUCGGGAUGGGAUCUGGGACCUCAGUGUCACCAGAACUGUGCCGGUGGUUCUGGGCACGGCCUCUGCAGACCACUCAGCUCUGUUAUGGAGUAUAGAGACCGGGAAAUGUCUGCUGAGGUACGCCGGACAUGCAGGAUCAGUCAACUCCAUUAAGUUUCACCCCACAGAGCAGAUGGCCCUCACAGCCUCUGGAGACCAGACGGCUCACAUCUGGCGCUACAUGGUGCAGCUUCCUGCCCCCCAGCCUCCGCCAGAUGUCACGGCUCCAUGUGACGACGACCAGGACUCGUCUGACAGAGAAGAAGGCGAAGUAGACGGCGAGGGUCCCGGUGAGGUCCCCACGGUCCGAGUCGCUACAGCAACCCUGAAGAGCCACCAGGGCGUGGUGAUCGCCGCUGAUUGGUUGGUAGGAGGCCGGCAAGUGGUGACGGCCUCCUGGGAUCGAGCUGCAAACCUGUAUGAGGUGGAGACGUCUGAACUGGUGCACACACUCACAGGCCACGACCAGGAGCUGACCCACUGCUGUACCCACCCCACCCAGCGGCUGGUGGUCACCUCGUCCAGAGACACCACCUUUAGGCUGUGGGACUUCAGAGACCCAUCCAUCCACUCUGUCAACGUUUUCCAGGGACACACAGACACGGUGACGUCGGCGGUGUUCACGGUGGGCGACAACGUGGUAUCAGGAAGCGACGAUCGCACCGUCAAAGUGUGGGAUCUGAAGAAUAUGAGGUCACCUAUAGCAACCAUCCGCACUGACUCAGCUGUGAACAGGAUAAGCGUGUCGGCCAACCAGAGGAUCAUCGCUCUACCACACGACAAUCGACAAGUGCGACUGUUUGACAUGAGCGGAGUGCGACUGGCCAGACUUCCACGCAGCAACAGAAUGGGCCACAGACGAAUGGUGUGUUGCACGGCAUGGAAUGAGGAGAACCAGUCGUGCAACCUUUUCACCUGCGGCUUCGACCGACAGGCCAUCGGCUGGAACAUCAACAUCCCUGCCCUCCUGCAGGAGAAGUGAUGCACACGGACACACAGGGCCGUGAACACACACACACACAACAAAAUAAGAGACUGAUCAGAAUCCCUCCAUGUAUAUACGGUACACAUCAACACUGUAAUCUGUGGCCUCGCACACGCUCGGAUGAUUGAAGUGUGAAAUAAAUAGCAGCUUUUUUCACAGUUUUUCACCAACUGAGCCGCGGGGUAUGAAAACUUCGUGUAUUUUUCACAAUUAGUGUCAUUCACUGCACACAUCUGCAGCUGAACAUGUUCCGCUGUUAAACGCACACUCUAGCAUUUCCACGUACAAAUAUCCACAAAACCACUAAGCAUAUGGUUCGUUAAUAAAUUAUAUCAUAGUUCACACUGGAUUUUUAACGUCGGAUGUGAUAACAGUCGGAGGAAAUAACAGCUGAUAGGCAGUUAAUUGGCUACUAUCACUUUCUCAAAAGAAGUUUAACAUUGGUUUCAAGGAACAGAAGUUUUUGUUUUAUAGUUAAUUUCUGAAGUCGAGGCUCAUUUUAGUUCAAUUUGAUUUCAAGUGACCAGUAAAAUAAUAGAAAAAUAGCCUAUAAAUAAUGACAAGUCCAAAAUUUUCUCUUUGUUUUAGUGCAAAAAAAGUUAAAUUAAAUCAUGAAAAUGUUUAUAUUUGCAAACUAUCCUAAUUUCUUCCGAAAAAUAAGUUGAAUUUUAACAAUAUUAUACCUCAGUUUAUCAUUUACACAUGUGCAUUAUUAGAAUUUACAGACCACAGUGCAUCUACAUAGGCACAAAACAUUUAGUAACAGGCAAAAAAUUAUUAAAAUUACAGAGAUUGGGGUGUGGAACUAAAAUAAUUUUAACACACCCGUCUGUUAAUGUCUUAAGUGUAAUUUCUGCACUUUGCAAUUUCAUGUUUGACUCUCCUGGUCUAAGCCAAAGCAACAAAAACUUACAUACAUCUACAAAUCCAGAACCUUAAACCUUAAAGAAUAUAGGUGAUAGUAUGCGCAUGUUUUAUUAUUUUUUUUAACUAUUAUUGUCCUUCUAUAUCAGUAUUUCCAUUCGAAAAGGGAAAUACCAGCCAUCAGACCAAUGGGCGCCUUUUUAUGGUCAACUUCAGAGUUUCAUUCAGGUGCCUUUUAAUGCAACAGUCAACAAUUAAAACAAUAAAAACACU